AUGUCUGCUCAGCAAAUUCCACUGCAGUUCAUGCCUCAGCAGCUGCAAGCUGGCGACAGAGAUGAUUGGACAGGCAUAACCGACCCCAAGGAGAGGAAAAAGUUGCAGGAUCGUGUCAAUCAAAGAGCCAGGCGGCAGCGAAAAAAGACUAGACACCUGGUUUAUCCCGCAUCAUGCAGGCCAGGACGCCACGAUUCAGGAAACACCAUUCUGAAUAACCCUCAGCUUAAUCAGUCUAGGCAGAAUCAAUUGAUAGUCUCCUUUACGGCUUGUCAGCCAGAUUCCAUGGAGACAAAACAGUUCAUCAACCGGUUCUCUUCAUGGAUAUCACAGCGCUAUCAGCAAAGAUGCCUGGACACGGAACCCCUCCCAGGCCUAGUCCAAUUCAAUAUUACACGAUCCCUAGUGAUUAAUGCACAAAUUCUUGGAUACACAUCAGAGCGCAUGGCACCUAGUGCUCGAUCCUCGCUCACAUCACUGAAUAUCAGCAAGUCGUACUUCCACGCCUUGCCAGCCAGUCUGCAACCCACCGCUUUGCAGCGCAGUGUCCACCAUCAUCCCUGGAUUGAUCUCUUACCUGUGGCCGAACUUCGUGAUAAUCUAUUGGGUCAACCUGAGUCUACGUAUGAUGCAGCGCAGCUUUGUCGCGACAUGCGAGGGUUACAAGUCGUAAGCAGCGGGCGCGGUGGUGUGAUUGUAUGGGGAGAGCCGUGGGAUCCGCACGGUUGGGAGGUGACCGAAGCAUUUGUGCAGAAGUGGCCUUGGGUAGUUCGUGGCAGUCGUAGCUUGCUUCAAUCGACAAACUACUGGCGCGCACAAAGGGGCGAACCUGCCCUGUCCUUCCAGAACUAUCCCGCAGCGAAUGGUGGAGCUAACCCGCGCGUCCAUGAGGUUGAGGAGCAUCUGGGAUCGCCAGCUUGAUUAAACGGCCAUGAUGGUGUCAACCGGGGAUCUAUUGUAGCGGAAGGUUAGCAGGUUGCCGCCUAUUAUUUUCGCUAUGUUAUUCAUAAAACCACUGGCUUCUUCUUCUGACCGUCCCAAAGAUCGCCUUUCCACUGUUUGCGCAAUCGUGACCUUUUAUUUGAUAGCAAAAAGAGGUGGAAGGAAAGAAACUUGCAACUUUUGCUGUUGGUGCUGAUAUCGUCUUCGCUAAUGUCUGAGAGUGUAUGAGUUUGUCUGGUGCCUCGUCUUAUAAUAUAUCUUUUCAGCAAAACAG